AUGGGCUUCUUCACUGGCUUUCUUGGUGGCUUUGCUUUGACCUCCUCUGUACUCUACAUUACUGUCCAAGUUCACCGCUCAACGCGUAUAGCGCAACGCAAAGCCAUCCGUGAACAAGUUGACCAAAUAGACUGGCUGGUCUCGUCCUCUGGUGCAUAUGACCGCCGCAAUCUCCCAACCGAUAUCCCGAGGCGGCGACAAGAAGAACUAGAAGCUCAGAAACGAGCCGAGCCAACUAUGAAGGAGAUACUGAAACACAGGUGGAACAAGGAAGUUGAGGUUCUGACGAGGAAGGCCUACGAGACAAGAUGGCAAGAUGUCAGAGAUACUGUUUCCGAAGGUUGGAAGGCUGCUGCGCGAGUCGUGAAUCGUGAAUAA